AGUAUUUAAUAGGAACUUGAAUAGUUGGGCUUCCAUCUAUCUUCCUCAAGACUUGCCGUCGCAUUCUUCCUCAGAAUCGACCUACCUACCUAAACAUGGCCGCCUCGUUAACCUCAAGCCUGAAAGACCCUGGCCUCCUAGUUGAAGGCGCAUAUAUAAACGGUCAAUGGGUAUCUUCCAGGUCUAAGAAGACCUUCGAGGUUCUAAAUCCCGCUUCUGGUGAGGUUAUUGGGGCUUGUCCCGAGUCAACGCUGGACGAUCUUAACGAUGCAAUCAGGGCCUCUUCUCAAGCAUUCCCCAUAUGGAGAGCGCUGUCCGGGCGUCAGCGUGGACGCAUCUUGCGACGUUUCUUCGACCUAAUCGUCGAGAAUAAGGAAGAUAUCGGCAAAAUUAUCACCGCCGAAAAUGGGAAAUCCCGGGGAGACGCCGAGGGUGAGGCUCUAUUCUCGGCUGGCUUCUUCGAAUGGUUUGCCGAAGAAGCGCCCCGAAUAUACGGCGAUGUUGUUCCACAUACCACACCGAAUGGCAGAAUUCAGAUCCUUAAGCAACCGAUUGGUGUUUGCGGUCUUAUCACGCCUUGGAACUUCCCUAUGGCAAUGGGUGCUCGGAAAAUCGCCGCAGCGCUUGCUGCGGGAUGCACUGUCGUACUGAAGCCAGAUGGUUUAACACCAUUUUCGUCCAAUGUCCUAGCUGUGAUUGGCGAGCGCGCUGGUAUCCCCAAGGGGGUUUUCAACGUGGUGACCGCACUUGAGAAUACUCCGGCGCUUGGUCUCGCUCUCUGCCAGUCUGACAUAGUAAAGAAGAUCUCGUUUACGGGUUCCACGAGAGUCGGCAAGCUAUUGAUGCAGCAAUCGAGCAGUACCUUGAAAAAGCUCAGCUUAGAGCUUGGGGGGAACGCCCCGUUUAUCGUUUUCGAGGAUGCGGACGUCGAGGUGGCCGUAGCAAGCGCCAUCGUGAGCAAAUUCAAGGUGACUGGUCAGACAUGCGUAUGCGCAAACAGGAUAUUCGUGCAGGAGGCCAUUUACGAUAAGUUCAGCAAGAGGCUUAUAGAGGAGGUGGGAAAAUUCCAUGUUGGCAAUGGAAUUCAAGAAUCCGUUACCUACGGAGGUGCACAGGGCUCAGAACGAAAUAACGCGGUUUUUUAUUGCGCAAGCCCCGGGGGUGGUAAACGAAAAAAGGAAAAGACAUAUAUGUAAGUAUGUAAAGGUACGAUUGUUUUUACGCAUAUUUAUGCAUUGAAGUAAAUUUAUGAAGAUAGC